ACUUGUUUUCUUUCUCCACGCACCACCCUCUAUUUCUUGAUAAUAUUAGCAAAUCAAUAAUAAUAUUAUAAUAAUAUUACUUUACUAAAAUUGCACCCUUCAACCGUCAUUUAAGAGAAAACACAAGUUCCAUAAACCAUUUUUGUACCUGAAUUUCAUUUGUACCAGUGACGUGGCACGAUGAACAUUAUGUCGACCAACCAGUGUGGUUGGCCUCUGAGAGUUCACCAUGAUCAUCACACUGAUAAAGGAGGUAUUAUUAAGGCUCCGUUUUUAGGAUCCAGAGGAUUGGACUUUGUUAAUGCUGCUCAUAAAUGUCAUCAUCAUGGUGCAAGGAAAUGUAGGCCAAUUUCUUGCAGUGCAGUGAGUGACAAUGUGGAUCCUUACGACUCAGAUGACAUUCAAAAGAACAAAUCUCAGAAGGGUGAAACUGGAGGAGUGAAUAGUGAAAUGCUUAGAGAGAGUCUUGAGAAAAUAGUUGGUACUGAUGAUUCCACGUUUAGUGGAUUUGACCUGGCUACACUCAUUAGGAAAAAAUAUGGCAGGUCUUAUGAUGUUCAGCUAAUAAAGAAGGAAUUCAUGGGAAGAAAUCUGCUUGCUUUGAAUGUCAUGUGGAAGUACAUGGAACAGAGAUCAUUUCCAUUGACCGAAGAAGAGUAUAUUUUGAGGCUUGAUGAUGUGGCAAACACAUUAAAAUGUUGGGGAGCUGUCUCACAUAUCCGGAACAGCCUACAAAAUUCUAAAGAACGGCCUCGGAUAGGGAAGGCCGUAAGCAUUUUCAUUGAUAUGGAUGAGUCUGGUGCUCGUUCAAACGAGUGGAUAUACAAAUAGAUUGCAUUGAUGAAUUGAAAUUCAUCUUAAUUCAGUCACUGAAUUCCAUUCCAUAACGUGACAAGGGAGGAACCCAUACUCAGCAGCAUCACUUUUGUUGAACUUUAUUGAAUUCAGUGAAUUGUCAUCUUAACAAAAUCUACAGCCUCUAUAAAGUUUCUGUUGGCACCAGGUCUUGGCACCUAUAAUUUUUGUUCUUCCCUUAAGUUCACAAUAUUGAUGUAAAGUGUGUUAAUAUAAGGAAGCAUCCAGGUUAUAGUAAAUUUCUCUUUUAUCUGGAAAA